CACCCGUAGCUGAUAAGAGAAGGAACCUGUCCCUUAUCUGUGGUGACUCAGCUGCUUCUCCUUCACUCACCCUCCAGAGGCUUGGAAGGGUCACAGUUACUGCCAGAAAUCCCCUUUUUUUCAGGGACUUCAAUCUUUACUUGCCACUUAUUUCCACUCACUGCUUCUCCUUCCUCCAGGACUUUUUGCUACAGCCCCCACGUAGCCUCCUCAAUUGGCAAUUAUGUCACAAUUAUUCAGGAAAAGGUAAUUCUCUCCAGCAGAUCCCUACACUGGAUGUUUUGUUGCCAUGGAGGAGAAACGCCUUCCCACGCAAUGUGUGCCCACUGAGUCACUGCAGCCACACCAUAGUGGCACCACCGAGGGAGAGGUUGUUUUAUCCCAAGAAAAGGUCCCUUUAUUUAGCAGCACCUUCACCCUCAACAUGACUUCCAGAGCUGGGAGCACUCCUAGGCCAUGUCUUCUCCCAGAAACACUUUAUUUUUGUGAACACACUCAGAGGGCACCACCGCAGGAGCUUGGGAUCUAUCACAUCAUUGUGACAGCCACAAGGGGUGAGAACAUUGGGUAUUCCAAGAGGGGCACCAGGAUGAGGAUGCAGGUGGCUGUUUCCUUGGAUGGCGCCCAGGAGAUCGGCAAGCUGUGGGCUACAGGAUGCCAAAUCCAUUGGCCCAUCCACCAUAGCAAAUUGAGGAUGCAGGAGGGAUGCUCCAAAGCCGUGGCCAGCAAAGCCCAAGCAGCGAUCCCCACCCUGCUCAGUAUUAGGAAUGGCACCAUCCGGCUCAGUCCCCAGAGAAGUGGGGCACAUCUGCAGAGGGGCCUCCUCCAGAACCAACAGCAGGAGGUGACACAGUGCCCCAGCCCUGUUCCCUGCCUCCAUCACCCCUUUUGCUUGGGCAGGAGCUCCCAUUCAUCCCGCAGCCCCAACACUUCACAGCCCACCGUGCUCCGCCAAUCUUGCAGCUGUAGAUGCAGCCAAAACCCUAGCACCAUGCUUUGCCCUCCUACUGCCAGCUGUGAAAUGCCUGAGAAAGCAGCCCUCGUUCACACUUCGUUACACACACUGCACUUGUCUACAUUUUGACCUGAAGUGUGCUUAUUAACCUUUUUUGUGUGUGUGUAUGAUAAUAGUCCAGCAUCCUUUGUAGGCGAUCUUUCUUUCAAAGAUCUCCUUUUUGAUCUUUUCAUAGGCUAAGCAACAAUUCAUCCUAUAUAAAUCUGGGAUUGAAAGGACGUAAUUUGUUUUUCCUUGCUUUUUUGAAGCGGUGAGAGAUGAAACGACUCAAGGGAAUGUCAGCAGUGGUUAUAUCUUAAUUGGUUUUUCUCUGCAUCAAAAUGCCUUGAACUAUUCACUCGUGCACAGCAGUGCCGUGCGACCUUUCUGCCUCUCCCGACAUGUUGUAGCCCAUCUCCCACUUGAGGUGUUUUCACUGUUCGUGGCACUGACACUAAUUCUGCACCCACCCCUCC